AACGGACGGCCGAGAUUAACGCAUCACUACUCUUCUAACCGGAAACUUCCGCCGUUAUUUUCCUUCCCGCACGCUCUCGCUCACCUCCUUCCUCCUCCCUCCCGGCAACGCCAAACCCUAACCCUAACCCUAACCCGAAUCCAACGUCUCCUCAUUAGAUCGAAGAUAUCCAUGGCGUAAGGAGCGACGCGAUCCAUGGAAGCGGCCCCGGGGCUGCCCCGGCCUACCGAUCUCACCCCCUCCAUCCUCCGAUUCCUCGCCGAUGAGUUCCGCGCCGCGGAGGACCUCUCCAAAUCGGCGGAUCUCGAAUCCGGGAUCAGGGAUCGGUGCGCGAAUCUCGAGGCCGUCCUCGACGAUCUGGGCCGCAGGCUCUCCGAGGCCGUCGCCGCGUACGCCUCCCACGCCGGGGAGGUCGAGGGGCUCCUCGGCAGGGUGAGGGAGGGGUUGAUCGAUCUCCGCGCCUCCGUAUCCGAGUCCUCUCAAGGUGUUGGAGAAGGGGAUCGAUCGGAGAGGAGCGAGCGGAUCUUGCUAGAGGAGCUACCGGCGUUGGCGAAGGAGGUGGCGAGAGUGGAGACGGUCCGCGCGUAUGCUGAAACGGCAUUAAAACUUGACAGCUUGAUUGGGGAUGUAGAGGACACAGUUUCUUCUUCUGUCGCAGGAAAACUACGAACUCAUAAUGCUGUUAAUUCAGAGGAAACUCGUCAAAUGGCUAUCAGCUUUCUCAAAGACAUAGAGGACAUAUUGAUUUCAGUUACUAAAACAAGGCCUCAAUGGACUCGUCUUGUCGCGGCUGUGGACCACAGAGUUGACAGAGCUUUAGCUGUUCUAAGGCCACAAGCAAUUGCUGAUCAUCGAUCUCUUCUAGUCUCCCUUGGGUGGCCUCCUCCUUUAACUGGUUCAAAUCUUCUAAAUACGAAUUCAUCAAAAACAGCCGAGCUUUCAAACCCUCUAUUUUCAAUGAGGGGGGACCUUAAGAGUAAAUACUCCGAUAGCUUCCUCUCCCUCUGCUGCUUACAGGAACUGCAAAGACGGAGAAAAGCUCGACAAUUAGAAGGAUAUAAUCUUGAAACCCUAAUUCGCCAACCAUUGUGGGUUAUCGAGGAGCUAGUGAAUCCAAUAGCCGUGGCCGCGCAACGCCAUUUCUCUAAAUGGGUUGAGAAACCUGAAUUUGUGUUUGCUCUCGUGUACAAGAUCACUAGAGAUUUCGUUGAUUCCAUGGAUGAGAUAUUGCAACCACUUGUGGACAAGGCCAGGCUUGUAGGAUAUAGCUGCAGAGAGGAGUGGAUCUCGGGAAUGGUUACUGCACUAUCGCUAUAUUUGUCGAAGGAAGUAUUCCCCAAGUAUGUUGAUCUUCUUCAGGAAAGCACAUCACAUGCUCGAGUAACAUGGCUCAACCUUGUUGAUUUGAUGAUAUCUUUUGAUAAGCGAACCCGGGCCCUGAUAACUAAUGCGGGACUGCUAAUGUCUCUUAAAGAAGACGAGAAUUUGCCGAGGAUAUCAGCUCUCUCUGUUUUUUGUGAUCGCCCAGAUUGGCUUGAGGUAUGGGCGGAAAUUGAAAAGGGGGAGAUACUAGAUAAGGUAAAAUUGGCGAUGCAGAAUGAGAAAAGUUGGAUUACAAGGAUUCGAGGGGCUGUUCUCAUAUCCGGAUCAGAUGAUUACAACUCUCCUGCUAUUUCUGGUGCUGUUCUUCAAGGUGUAUCUUUGUUAAUCGACCGGGCUCGUCCUUUGCCCAGCAUCAUGCUUAGAGCUAGGUUCAUCAGGUUGGCUCCUGCAUCAAUCUUGAUGGAAUUUGCUGAUUGCAUGCUCCAUAGAUGCCAAGAAGCAGAGGGCCUUACCGCUCUGGCAGAUGAUGAUGCCCUAAUUAAGGUUUCGCAGUGCAUUAACGCAGCCAGGUACUGUGAAUCAAACUUAAUGCAAUGGUGUGAGGAUGUCUUUUUCCUCGAGAUGGAAGCUUUACCGCCAGAAUUUGGUGGGAAAUGUAUUUUCGACGAGGAGAUAAACAAAUUGAAGGAGUUUAGAGUGGAAUGGGUUGAUAAAAUUUCAACCGUCAUUUUAAGGGGAUUUGAUGCUCGAUCACGAGACUAUCUAAAAAACAAGAAGCAAUGGCAGGACAAGUCAGAAGAGUUGGCCGUUUCAAGGAUCAUUGUCGGUUCUUUAGAUUAUCUUCAAGGUAAGAUAUCCAAAUUGGAAGAGCACAUAAAUGCGUUGGACUUUAUCACAAUGUGGAGAACUGUAGCAGAUGGGGUCGAUCAACUUCUAUUCAAUGGAAUUCUCAUGAGUGGUGCAAAAUUCUACAAUGGCGGUGUGGAGAGAUUAGGCGGUGAUCUUAAUGUGUUAUUCGGGGUGUUCGCUGCGUGGUGUUUGAGACCUGAAGGGUUCUUUCCUAAGCUCUAUGAGAGUUUCAGGAUAUUAAGGAUGGAUGAGAGUGCGCUCAAGGAAGGAAUGUCGAAAGCGAAGGAGAGGUGGCUGAAGGAGAACGGCAUAAGGCGCUUAAACAUAGUAGAGGUCGAGAAAAUAAUGAAAAGUAGGGUCUUUCUGUGAUGAUUAUCUCAUUAAUUUAUCUGAAAAAGGUAGACGAUAAACUAACAGUAGGUGUCUGUUAAGGAAAGAAAAAGAAAGAACUGUUUUAUUGGAAGUUGUUGUAGUCAAAUAGGGCUUCCCAAAAAUAUGAUCUUUUUCUUAUUCUUUUCAAUUAUAUUCUGUUUUUGUUCUUAUUUCCUUGAGGAUGUAAUUAUUUGCAAUAACAGAUCGUCUUUUAUGAGAUUAAUUGUUUAAGCUUCUCAAUUUUUUGAAA